ACACACACACACGGUAGAUAAAGAAUCAGAAUAUCUAAACAUUUAUUAUUUGCCCCCGUAGCUUUUACAGCGUGGUGCUUUGACCUCUUUCAAAUAGCCACAGUCCAGAAUAAACCCUCUGAAAGUUACACUUCAAUACUUACUGUAGCUUAUGAGUUCCGGUCACAUGGUCGUUAAAUGCAGUAGGGGCCGUCUUUGGCUCUGCACAACCGGCACGCAUUGUAUCCGAUCUGUGCCGGUCCGAUGGGUCAAAUGAUACCACCGAGAGACUGGGGGCAAAUUUUCGGAAAGUAGGGAAAAUCAACCAAAGGGAGUCCAGCCAUGGUCAGGGAUGACUUUGACAAGACAUACAAGCCCUUUGGAGGAGCUGUCGCUGUCACCGGGGAAUCUACAGAUGUUACCUGCAGCCUAACUGUCACGCGCACGAGGAGGCGUCUGUCCAAAUCAAGUCUUCACAAGUGAAACCUGGUAUAAAGUGACUAAUAUCGUUACACGAAAUAUGGUUUGUCAUAAACAAGAUCUGCAAGUUGAGUUUCCAGUGCAGAAGAUGACACAGAGGAAAUAAGCGGUCACCUUAAAUUGGAUUAAGUUUCCUCUGCCACAACUAUGCUGCCAAAAGAGCAACACAGUGAUGGUAAGGCUGCCAUAAUCUCCUGCUCUGAGAAAAAAACUAAGGCCAUGAAGAAGGAAAAGAAGGUUGUGUAUGUGGAUCCACCAGAUGGCGGUUGGGGUUGGAUGGUGGUUUUGCACUGUUUCAUGGUGAAUGUGUUGGUAAUGGGUACAUUGAAGAGCUUUGGGAUCUUCUUUGUGGCAUUGCAGGAUGAGUUUGGAGGCUCGUCAGAGAGCAUCAGCUGGAUUGGAUCCAUCAUGUCUAGCCUCAGGCUCUCUGGAGGUCCGUUGGCCUCGGUGGCCUGUGCCAAGCUGGGGAACAGGGUUACCUCCAUAGUGGGGGCGCUUCUCGUCAGUGCCGGCUUUAUCUCCAGCUUAUUUGCCACCAAUGUGAUUUACCUUUACAUUAGCAUGGGGAUAGUUGUUGGUCUCGGGUUUGCUCUUCUUUAUCAGGCCACAUCUGUUGUAACAGUGACUUAUUUCCGAAAGAGGCUGGCAACUGCAUAUUCUAUUGGCCGCUCUGGCAUGGGUUUGACCUUUGCCCUUGCUCCUUUCACUCAGCUGCUUUUGGAUCAUUAUGCUUGGCAGGGAGCUCUGUUGAUUUUGGGAGGUCUCAUGCUGAACCUGGUGGCUUCUGGGAUGCUUUUGCGGCCCAUUAACAUUACACCUCCAACUUCACCCAUGUCAAACUACACUCUUCAUAAAGCUGGAUCUGAGAAAGAACCUCUUAAGAAUCAUAUUAAUGGCAACACAUCUAUGUCCAAUGGCACUUCCAAAAUGGACAGCUCGCCUCACAUUUACAGGGAUACACUUAUAAUAGAGAACCCUGUUCAUGAACAGAACACUCUUCCACAUCAGGAACUCAAAAAAUCCAUCCAGAAUGGGAUGAACGGUACAGACGGCAACCAAAUUAAAACUUCCCCCACGAUGAAUGGGGUUUCUCCUGUGGAAUCAUUUCUUGAGAACAACAGAACAGAAAAACUUCCUGAAAACCCCCCAAAAGUGCUGGACUUCUCACUGUUGAAGAACCCUUUCUUUUGCAUCUACACCUGGUCGCUGGUCUUCAGUCAGCUGGCAUAUUUUAUACCUUACUUCCAUUUGUCUGCAAGGGCCCGGAACCUGGGCAUCGACCCUAUGGAUGCUUCCUUCAUCAUCUCUGUGGCUGGUAUAACAGAGACGGUGGCCCAACUUGCAUCUGGCUGGGUGACAGACAGGAAUCUGCUUCACAAAUAUCACUACCAUAAGGCCUACCUGAUCCUGUGUGGUGUGGUCAAUCUUCUCUCCCCUCUUGCCACCUCAUACAUCUUGCUCAUGGUCUACGCUGUCUUCUUUGCCAUCUUCUGUGGGGGGUACAUGGCUCUUCUACUUCCUGUAUUGGUGGACUUGGUGGGUUCUGAAAAGCUGAACAACUCGAUGGGGUUUUCGAUGUUCUUUGUGGGGCUUGGCUGUCUCACAGGUCCUCCUCUGGCAGGCUUCCUGUACGACUACACUCAGACCUACGACUGCUCCUUCUACCUGGCAGGAGUGUGUUUUCUGUUAUCAUCAGUUUCUCUUUUCCUCGAGCCUCUGGCGAGGCGCUGGCAAGCCCGAAAGAAGCGGCUUGAGAUGCUAAAUGAAGAAAUGAUGUGGAGUAACGGCUGUUUCUGCCCGGCGCCUCAGAGGAAUGGAGUUGUAUAAUAAAGGAAUAAAUUCAAAGCCAUUUCACUUUCCACCAUGUCAUGUGGUUCACAUUCUGAAGGCUGAUCGGAAGAGGACCUAACCUGAACAUUUGGUCGGGACCUCAGCGUGGCAAGCAAAUGAACGUUCAUUUGAAUGCAGAGAACAGGAAGUUAAUGCUUUAAUGCAAACUAUUUUGUUAGAGGGUUCAUUAGAAUGGAUUGUGUUGAAUUGUUUUUAUAUAAAUUCAUAUAAACAAAUAGUAAGCUUCUCUCCCCGCCACAUUUAAUGGCAUUCAGAUCAGCACAAGAACCAGAGUCUUUGUCACCACAUAAGCCUUUAUGUUACGGCACCUAAUGAAUCGUGAUCUUCCUACAUUAGAAAGUUACUCAGAUGCUUCCACCGAUAUGAUGGUAAAUUUGUAUCACAGUACACAUUUUACUCACUUAGGCAAAUAUACUAGUACUGAAAUAAGAGUAUUUUGUCAGAUGGUGAUGGGUCUAUGCAAUAAACCUAUUAAGACUCUGUGUGCCUCCUUUCUGAUACUUUAAUGUGUGUUCAUGUCUAUAGAUGUGUUUUCACAAUGAAGCUCAGUGCUGUGUAAAGGACUGCAGAAGGCCAUAAUGGCUGUCAUCAACAAGCCAAAGAUACAAUGGAAAUGUAAUUUAUCAAUCUAUGCAUUUGAACACGUCCUGCGUCGAUAGCAAUGUAAUAUUGGAGUUUCCCUAGUAAUGUAGUUUUGUAUGAUCUGUUGCCCUCUAGAGGCAAAACGGUGUACUGCUACUGGAAUGCUGUUUCAAUUAACAGGAAGUUCAUGUUCUGGAACGUCCAAUUAUUUGCUUUUCAUUAAGUAAAGACAAUUUACACUUUUUUUGUUUUUGUUUUGGGCAGCAAGCUUUUUUAUCACUUAAUUGUUUAAUGAAAGCUGUUAUUGUGUUUUUUUUUUUUUUGGAGAAAUGUGUUGGUUUUUUGGAAAAUUUCUAUAAAUAGUUUUGAACUCUAAAUCUAGCCUUAAAGACAGUCAUGGGUACACAAUAACACUAUUGAUGUCAAUGAUGGGCUUCACCAUCUUUACUGUACUGUUAGUGAUUUUGUACUUGUGGAAAAAUGUGUGGUGCUAGCAUGAGGGUUAUUUUUUUAAAUUGUUUUGUUGAUAUUGUUCACAGUUGUCAAGAUCUACAAGACUGGGAUUAAAGAAACCUUUUGAC